GAAAGAGUUCCUUUCUUUGUUAAUCAUUCAUUCAUUUCGUUUCAAUUCAUUCAUUCAUUUCCCCAUUCAUAAAAAAAAAAAGUAAAAAAGAAAUAAAAGAAGCGAAAAACAAAUCCUUUUCUUUCCUUUCCUUUCCUUUCUCUUCUCUUUCUUUAAUUUUCCUUUUCCUUUUCCUUUUCCUUUUCUUCACACCUACUUCUCACACUCCAUCAACUUAAGACUUUUGUUCUCAAGAAAAACAUUGCUCAUCCCCAUCACUCCAUAAUAUUCAUAUUUCCAUCUAUCCAUAAUGUCCUUCCUCUUAGACGUCGCUGACCCCUCCAUACAUUUCCACGCUCGUCAAUACCACAAUUCCAGUUCAAAACCCCUUUCUGCCAUAGAUUCCUCCUCAAAGAUUCUUUCCGGCGCUGGCGCUGGCGCUACUGGUGCUGCUGGUGCUAAAAAUGCUGUUACCUCUGUCUCUGUCUCUGCAUCCUCAAUAUCCGAAGCAAAGGAUGUAAGCAGCAGCAGUAAUAAUAACAACAAUAGCAAUAGCAAUAGCAAUAGCAAUAGCAAUAAUAUGAGCAAUUUCAACAAGCAAAACAAGCUGUUUCCCUCAUUACCGGGUAACAAUCCUUCAAGUGGAUCUAUACCGGCCAACAACAUGUUCUCUGCCAUGUCGCGCUUGAUCCGAACGUCCUCGUCCUCUCCAUCGUCUGUGGCAUCAUCACCGAUGCUCUUGCCAACAAUGUCUUCGUCGACUUUGGUCACACCGUCGUCCUCUAUCCCCAAUACACCGGAUGCUGUUCAUGUCUCAGAUCCAUUUUUGACUGUUACUUCUUCUUCUUCUUCUUCUUCUUCGACUUGCUUUACUACCAAAGCCAACAACGUCAACACAGGUUCGACUCUCUCUCCUAGUCUAUCCUCGUCUCCUAACCUGACUACAACCCUUCGACGACCUCUGUCCCCCUGGAUGAUGCCUUCAGUGUGCGAUGAUGAUCAGAUGAACAAGCUUGUCUCCUUCCAGCUUUAAUAAUAUUGUUAAAAAAAAAAAAAAAAAAAAAAA